AUGGAUGACAAGGACAUCGACGCAACGCACCAUGAACUCGCUAUGGAGAAAUCCUUAAAGCAUCAUGGCAAAGGCAGUAACCCAACCGGCACAGUGAAAUUAGUCGAGGAUGGAGAAAUAGUGUUGAUUCCGACGCCGUCUCCGGAUCCAAGAGAUCCCUUGAACUACCCUCAAUGGCAAAAAUGGAUAAUCACGUUCGUGCUGGGAUUGUUCUCCGUCCUCGGUGUUCUAAUGACCUCCGGAAUGGGCCCCUUCGUCACUUUAAUGGAAGCCUACUACGACUACAGCCCCCGAACCGACGAUCUAAUGACCUACCCAACCCUCUUUAUGGGAAUAGGGAACAUCAUCGCUAUGCCACUCGCCAUGGCAAUCGGCAGACGCCCAGUAUUCCUAGGCUCUGCAUUGAUCCUGACCGUGGGAUCAAUAUGGUACAUCCACAUCCCCAUCCCAUAUCCUAUGCUUCAUAGACCGAAUAAUCUAAUCAACAUAAUCCAGGAAAUCCACUUCGUCCACGAACGCAGCAGCCGACUCGCCUGGUUCAGUGCCAUCCAAUCCAUCGGCACCGCCGCCUUAACCAUCGCCACAUCCUACCUAGUAAGUAGCCUGGGCUGGAGAUGGUGGUACGGGGUAUUCUCCAUCGCCAGCGGACUAGUCUUCAUCGGCGCAUUCACCCUAGUCCCCGAAUCCCGCUAUGACCGACCAACCGACGCCUUCGAAGGCGAAGUGCACAUCCAUCACGACGGCGAAGAGCAAGCCGUCAUCCACGCAACCACCAAGAACCGCGUACCCCUAGACUUCACCAACUACCAAGCCCGCACCUGGAAACACACUCUCAAAAUCAUGCACCCACCAGCGAACUGGGAAGAAGCCCUAACAUGCUACAAGCAAAUGGGACAAUGCAUCCUGUUCCCUAACAUCCUCUGGGUGGUCCUAAUGAACAGCGUCUCCCUCGGCAUCUACGUUAUCGGAGUGACAGAAUACUCCUCCAUCCUAGGAGCCCCUCCAUACAAUUACCCAACAACAAGCCUAGGCCUAGUCCAGGGCGGGCAAAUCGUGGUAGCGAUGAUAAUGGUUCCCGUACUCGGCUACGGCGGCGAUCAGCUAUACAAAUGGGUCGCGAGCCGUCGAGGGAACGGCACCGUUGAGUCCGAGAUUCGGCUCAUCCCGAUGCUAUUGCCGAUUGUCGUACUGCUUAUUUCAUGCGUUAUCUUUGGCCGUGCUGGAUCUCAUCCUACGGAGUGGUCGCCGUGGGCGAUUACCACUACCUUUAGCGGGAUGUAUUUCGCUUAUAUAGGAAUUAUUCUCAACGGGUACACGUAUUCGUUGGAUAGUUAUGGAGAGCGAGCGGCGCCAAUUCUGGUUCUGAUUUGUGCCAUUCGCGGGUUUAUUUCUUUUGGGAUCUCGUUUGGGAUUACGAAGUUCGUGACUGAGAAGGGGUUCCAGGGUGCUUUGGAUAUUUGUGCGAUCAUUGCGGGUGUUGUGGCGGCGCUUGGAAUUCCGGUUUUUGUCUUUGGGGCCUGGAUUAGAAGGGUUACGAUGAAAUAUGCGGUGGAUGGGAGGAGUGCGGAGUUUUGA